AUGAAGGGUAACGUGAUGGCCUUUGCUUCACUGUGUUUGCUCCUUUGCUGGAUGCUGCCUGUAGACUCCAUGACGUCCUUAAUCAUUUACAUACUGACAUCUGCUAUACAAAUCUUGAAUAGCAAUAACUACUGUCACCAUACUUACAGACGAACCAAGGCAAGAUUCACUGGGCAAGUCAACCAAAUAAUACGGUUUGGCUCAUUUACAUCCAGCUCUUACAGAACUGACUUGAAAGACUUUGGUAACAAGAGCUGCUUUGAAAUUAAAACCUGCUCAGGCGCUUUGUUGGAAAGUUAUUCAGUAUUUCCAGAUGAGAAAGAGGUGCUCAUCCCUCCCUAUGAGAUGUUCAAUAUAACUACAAUUAAAGGUCGGGGUAAAACUGAAGUUCUGAACGAUUGUGAAGUUGUCUUUGUCUUGGAGAGUGUAGGGGUUAAGAGCAAUCUGAACUGCAAAGUUGUGCAUAUAUGA